AUUGCCCUCCGUCCACCAACCAAUUCGCCCAUCCCGGUCUCAUUCCCUCAUUCACAAUGGCUGGCGUCGCUUACUACACCAUUGCCGGCAAGCAGGUCGGCGGUCACUACCUGGCCAUGGCCUGGUUGGGCACCAUGUUCGCUGGUGUCAAGUAUGCCAUGUCUGGCAGCUCCAGCAAGCCUAGCGCCACCGCUGCUCCCCCGAUCAACGCUUCCAGCUCCGACGAGGCCGACUUCAUCAAGAACUUCCUCGACCAGCAGGACAAGAAGAACUAAGCGGCGGCCGGAGAAAGGACCAAGGUCUUGCGGUCUUGCGGACGCGGUGUAUAUUUAUCAGUCAUGGAGACAUGAGCUGUUCAUCGAGCCGGACAGCCGAUUUCAGAUACCAACAAAAGCCGAGUCAGCCAUUGGCGGCAUAACGAUGUCAGAAUUUCCAUCAGCUUUAUUGCGUGACUUUCGAUAAUGUGUCUACCCGAUUAUCUCCUACCGCCAAUAUCAGACAGUUCGCGUUGUGUUGCAC